AUUAAAAGAUGUUUUGAUCUUUUCAGGUUUUAUGGAGCUGAAAUUCUGUGUGGGCUCCAGUUUCUUCACAGCAAAGGCAUUAUUUAUAGAGACCUGAAACUUGACAAUGUGAUGCUUGAUAAAGAAGGCCACAUUAAAAUAGCUGAUUUUGGAAUGUGCAAAGAAAAUGUUUUUGGUGACAACAAGGCAAGCACUUUCUGUGGGACCCCAGACUACAUCGCCCCUGAGAUCCUGCAAGGCUUGCGGUACACCUUCUCUGUGGACUGGUGGUCAUUUGGGGUCCUGCUGUAUGAGAUGCUGAUUGGCCAAUCCCCUUUCCAUGGGGAUGAUGAAGAUGAGCUGUUUGAGUCAAUCCGAGUGGACACCCCUCACUACCCACGCUGGAUUACAAAGGAAUCGAAAGAUAUACUAGAAAAGCUCUUUGAAAGGGAUCCAGCAAAACGACUUGGGGUCACUGGGAACAUCAGAGACCAUCCUUUCUUCAAAACAAUCAACUGGACAGCACUAGAGAAGAGGGAGGUGGACCCUCCUUUCAGGCCAAAAGUGAAAUCAGCAAGUGACUACAACAACUUUGACAGAGAAUUUCUGAGUGAGAAGCCAAAAUUGUCUUACAGUGACAAAAACCUGAUCGAGUCCAUGGACCAAUCUGCAUUUGAUGGAUUUUCUUUUAUUAACCCUAAAUUUGAACAGAUCUUGGACAAGUAAGUCUUGACCAGUUGGACUUUAAAGCAGGGUUAAAGGUUAGAAACCCAAACUCC